CCAGUAGGCGGUGCUUGUGCACGAAGUUUUCGUGUUAAAUGUAAGGUAUUUAAUUGUCAUUCAGCUUUGGGCGAUCGACGGGACUUUAUCAAUAUUUUAUCCCGGUGUGUAUUGAAAUGGAUGAAAAUUUACAACGCGACAGUUCUUCGUCGCCAUCUUUAAAUUCACAAAACAAUUCUGUUAGUGAUCAAAUGAAACUUGUUUUGGAUGAACUGAGAACACAAAGAAGGGACUUUCUAGAUCUGAAAGAGGAAUUACAAGGUAGUUCUAGAACUGUUGUCAGUGAAGUGAAUAAAUUGAAAACUGAGAAAAGCAUUGUUUGGAAAUUUCAAGGCAACAAGAUUCAGUACGAGUUUAAUAGCGACAUUGAUGAGUCAGUGAAACAGGUUCAGUGGGCAAUUGGACACGGAAAAAUCGACUACGCUUCUGAAGUUUUGACAGAAGUAUUAAACAAGUUGAAAAAACGCAAUAAACUCAUUCGUAUAGCGGAUUCCAGUUCGGCCGGCUGGGACACAGUAAAAUUAUACGAAAGCAAUCCUAUUGCCAGUGACGAAGAAGAUGAGGCGAAAAUCAGCAAAGCCGAAAAUCGUGCUCUUAAAAGAAAGAAAAACAGCAAGUCUGCUUCGAAUGUUAAACGGUCUGCGACUACUAAAUUCCCUCAGGUGGAUUAUAUUGCUCCUGCUCGGCCUUUCACAAGGGGCCAGGAACUUCCUACAAGACCAGUUUUACCCGAUUUCGGCAGGGGAACUUCUUUUCGUCCCUCUUUCGGAGCCUACAGCUACGGUCCACAGUUCACUGGGUACAGCGCAGCCGCCCCAGGUCCAUGCUUCGCCUGUGGAAGCUUCAGCCAUUUCCGUCGGGACUGUCCGUUCACCACCCGUUCAGCCGGGAACCAGUCAGCAGCCAGAAAGUAGCUUUACAUUCAAAGAUGAGUAUGAUUAUGACUUUAGUAACUUCACAUAUGAUUUUUAUGAGUACGAACAGGGACAGAAAAAUAUUAUUGUAAGGGGUAGGUUGAGAAAAAAUGUACAAUUUUGGUGUGAUCUAGGUGUGUCAGAAUUUGUUUUAGAUGUUAUAAAAUUUGGCUAUAAAAUUCCAUUUUAUUCUACGCCACCUCGCUCAAUUAAUAAAAACAAUCGUUCAGCAUUAUUGCAGCCAGAAUUUGUUAGUUCAGCAAUUCAGGACCUUAUCGACAGAUCUUUGAUUCAGCCUUGUUCUCAGCCACCCUGGAUAGUUAAUCCUUUGACCGUAUCAAUACAAAAUAAUGGGAAAAUGAGAUUAAUCUUAGAUUUACGUGAAGUUAA